AUGGCCGUGCCCCCUUCGGCUUCUCUGCCGUGCUCGUCCUUUUACCUGAGGAGGCAGCCUUGCCCGCAGUGCUCAUGGGGCAUGGAGGAGAAGGCGGCGGCCAGCACCGGCUGCCGGGAGCCGCCGGGCCCCCCGAGGGCCGCCGCCGUCCCCUACUUCGGCAUCUCCGUGGAUCAGGACGACAUCCUGCCCGGCGCCCUGCGCCUCAUCCAGGAGCUGCGGCCGCAUUGGAAGCCUGAGCAAGUUCGGACCAAGCGCUUCACUGAUGGAAUCACCAACAAGCUGGUGGCCUGCUACGUGGAGGAGGACAUGCGGGACUGCGUGCUGGUCCGGGUGUACGGGGAGCGGACGGAGUUGCUGGUGGACCGGGAGAGUGAGGUCAGGAACUUCCAACUGCUUCGGGCACAUGGCUGCGCCCCCAAACUCUACUGCACCUUUCAGAAUGGGCUGUGCUACGAGUACAUGCAGGGUGUGGCCCUGGGGCCCGACGACAUCCGUGAGCCCCAGCUCUUCAGGUUAAUCGCCUUAGAAAUGGCAAAGAUUCAUGCUAUCCAUGCCAACGGCAGCCUGCCCAAGCCCACCCUCUGGCACAAGAUGCACAAUUAUUUCACGCUUGUGAAGAACGAGAUCAACCUCAGCCUUUCCGAAGACGUCCCUAAGGUGGAUGUGUUGGAAUGGGAGCUGGCCUGGCUGAAGGAGCACCUGACCCAGCUGGAUUCCCCUGUGGUGUUUUGUCACAACGACCUGCUCUGCAAGAAUAUCAUCUAUGACAGCACCAAAGGUCACGUACGGUUCAUUGACUAUGAAUAUGCCGGCUACAACUACCAAGCUUUUGACAUUGGCAACCAUUUCAAUGAGUUUGCAGGUGUGAAUGAGGUUGAUUACCGCUGGUACCCGGCGAGGGAGACCCAGCUGCAGUGGCUGCACUACUACCUGCAGGCACAGAAGGGGAUGGCCGUGACCCCCAGGGAGGUGGAGAGGCUCUACGUGCAAGUCAACAAGUUUGCCCUGGCGUCUCACUUCUUCUGGGCUCUCUGGGCCCUCAUCCAGAACCAGUACUCCACCAUCGACUUUGACUUCCUCAGGUACGCCAUGAUCCGAUUCAACCAGUACUUCAAGGUGAAGCCUCAAGUGUCGGCCUUGGAGAUGCCAAAGUGACCAGCCUUGCCAUCCCCCCACUCAACUGCUUGGCCGGGCCUGUUCUCCAGGGCUCAGUUCUGCUCUGAGGUCCACCCUCUUGGACAAGGUGGGAGAGGGGACAGGUGGGUGUCCAGGGAGAAGGUUCUGUCCCUGCCACCAGCACCCAAUGGAUGCCACUGAAGACCUCAUUCUCCUGUGUGGAGGGGCUGAUAGGACCCAACUCUGGGGGUCCCCUUCACCACAUCAGGCUUGGAAGGAAGUGCCUGCAGACAGCCAGGGCCUGGACCGUAACCACCCCUGGGAAGCACACCAUUCCCAGCCCCAGGCCCUGCUGGAAUUUGGGCUGCCUUAGAUGUGUCUUUGACCCUUCCUGGACUGGGGGGGGGGGCUCCUUUCUACCUCCAGUGCCCUGAGCCUCCAGCCCCUCUCCGUCUCCCCCUGCAUGCCCCACGUGGGAGGUGCUGCACCCCAAACCAGCAUCAUGCCAACUCUGACAGAUGGAUGUACAUAUCUCGAUGGGAGAGAGGGGGUCCAGAAUUGGGCAGGACAGUUCCCCUAGCAGCUGCCUCGUCUGAGACCCCUCACUUUGACUUUUCAAACCAGAUACAAUCAAAUAACCUCUUCCCAAGCCUCAGCCUGAGGAAGCGCACCCCCUCCAGUGCCCUUACUGCCCCUGAGUUUCUGUUCUGUCCCUCUGCAGCCUGCUGGGGGGAAGGAGAGGGAGUGGUGAGGCCCCGGGCCCCCAAAGCCUGGCUCUGCUUCAUGCUGUGGCUUGACCAGAGGGGGCAUGGCUGAGGGUGUGUUGGCCAGAGCCAGAGCUGGCAGCCUCCUGCCUUGUUCCCUCCCUCCCUAGAACCUGUCCUUCCAUCUCCACCUUCUGUCUUGGAGUUGACCCAAGGUCUUCCCACCUGGGAAUGACUAGUGGGAGUCAAGGGGCAGGGGGCCAGGGACCUGCAGAGCCCGGAGUGCGCGAGCUUGAGCAGGAUCGAAUUGCAAAGGUGCUGAUUGUGCUCUGACGCUCAACAACCUCCAC